UUGAUAAACGUUUCAUUUAGUUUAAGUUCAUGAACAUAGAUAAAUUUGCCGAAAUGUUGCUGGCACCCGUAAUUACCGAACUAUGAUUUUAACAUUUGAGUGCUAUCAAACAGAAAGUAGCACAAACUGAGCGCAGCGGAAGUUCCCGCUGUAGCCUGUAACUAAGGCAACGAGGCAUGACGUGACUCGCGGGAGAAUAAACGCGAAAACAAACAACUUCAGACCGGUUCAUGUUAACUGUGUGACUCCCUGUGAUGGUUUCUGAACAUGGAAAGGCAUAACUUUGAAAAAGAGAGGCUCAUAGCACCCACCGACUUCACCUCACCAGCGGUUCCAAGGACCUUCCAGGAGGACCUUGUACCUCCUUCGCAUUUUGCAUCAAGUGUCCAGGCUUCUGCAGCACACAGAGCCGUUCAAAUCCCUGUGACAGCGACCUCCAUCCCGUGGAUAAACUCAGGCGUAACAUCAGUGUCAUCAGGGGAUCCCACUCCUGCCAAUCCAUGGCUCGCCAUCACUCGGGCCCAACAGGAAAUCCUCGAGUUAAGGAAGGAAAAUCAGAGGAUCAUGAUCCUACAAGAAGGCAGGGCCUCUGCAGAUCACCUGUCAGACAUUAGGGCAAGAUCUACAGAGAGAAGUGAGCAAUGGUCUAAAUGUGAGUCAGAAAAAUACAAGGCAGAAACUGAGAGGUUGAAGGGGCAGGUAGAGGCUCUGAAGGAGACUGCAGCGAGAUACAGGGACGAGAUGAGAGAGAAAGACACUGCUCUGAACAGAAACAGCCAUGAGCUGGAAGCAGUGCAUGAAGAACUGACAAAGGCUAAGACUGAACUCAGCCAAGUCAGAGAGGAGCUCAAUCUCAGCAGUGCACAGAAGAAGAAAAUAAGCUCACAGCUGGAAAGUCUGAGAGCAGACUCUGGUGAGGAAAUUACAAAGCUGAAAAGAGAUGUGGAGAGGAGCAAAGAGGAAUCCCAGGAGCUUGCUUUAAAGGCAGAAAUGGCCAAGUUGCAGGGUGAAGAGGAGCACAAACAGCAGACACUUAGACUGUUAGAACAACUGGAGGAAACGCAGAAGAAACAGGACGUGGAGCUGCAACGGUUGAAUGCAUCCCAUUGUUCAGAGUUGGAUGCAGCAAGAAAUACAAACAAGCAACUACAGGACAGACUUCAAUCAAUGACCUCAGAAGUGCUGCAGCUAAAAAGCAAUCUGAAGGAGGCAUCUACUGAGAGAGAUGGGCUGAAAGAGCAUUUAAGCCAAAUGGGACAAGCUUUUGAGACACAAUCUGCAACACUGCACAGCCUCAGAAAUUACAUUGGCCAGCUUGCCCCGGAGAAAGGAGAGAAGGAACGAUUAAAUGAAGUUGUUGAGAGGCUGAACAAAGAGAAAGCAGCUCUUCAGACGACCGCAGAGCUUUUGACAGUCAGGUUUAACUCUGUAAAUGAGAUACUUGCCCUCCAAGAAGAGAAAAUGGUGAAGAAGUGCUCGACUGAUCCACUUGUGAAGAAUGGUUCUGAAGGCCUUCAAGUGCUUCAGCUGUGGAGAGAGAAAGUGUUCAAGUUAUGCGUCCAACUUCGCUCUAAGGACAUUGAACUGAGAGGAGAGAAGGAUAAACUUCUUUCAAAAGUCAGAUCCACAGAGCAGCAGCUCCAGCAGGAGCAGCACCGCGCUAAUGUGCUCCAACACAGUCUGCAUGACAGGAUAGCUGAGCUGGACCUGGAGAGAGUGGAAAAGGAGACGUUAAAACAGGACUUGGCCAAGGUUCACAAGGAGAACGCUCAGCUGAAGUCACAGAGCCAGAGAGCAGAGGCUGAACUUAAAACCUUGACAGAGGCAGUGCAUAGGUUCAGUCAUGGAUUUCAAAGCAAGGCGGCAGAAGUGGACGCAGCUAAAGCAAGACUCAACACUUUCACCCAGCGGCUAACUUUUGCUAAAAGACGUGUGGAGACUAUCCAAGGUUUGGUCAUGAGGAGGGCAGCUCUGCAGAAAGUUGAGCAGGCCUGUAAACAGGCAGAACCAACUGUUGACAGCAUCAGAAACCUUGAGAUGGAGCACAGUUUGGUGUGUGAAGAGAGAGAAAGACUCACUCAAGAGCUCAAAAGAACCCCAGAGCUCAUCGAGAAAGCUCUGGCUAAUCUGAAAGAACAAUACCAAAGUAAAUCUAGGCAGCAGCAGCAGGAGCUGCAGCAGAGCUUGGUGGAGGUCCAGCAGGCUGUAGCUGCUAGAGAAAAGGCUGAGCAGAGCCUACAGCAGAUCCAGGCCCAGCUGGAGGAAAGAAAUGUCAACCUGGAGAAACUACGCUGUGAGCUGCUCAGCCAGCAGGAGCAGAGUGAGCAGGCCCUGCAGGACAGAGUGUCUGAGAUUGAGGACCAGUGUGCUGAGAAGCUGAGAGAGAUGGAGGUUCAAGUCAAUACAGCCAGGAGAGAGCACACCAAAGCAGUUAUGACUUUGCGUCAGUUUGAGAGAGAGGCAGCAAGAAAACAGGAUGAGACGAAAGAAACUCAGCAUUCGGAGAGCGAAAACACAAAGAGGGAUCUCCUCAGUAAACAACUGAAGAGGACAGAGAUGGACAAAAGUCGACUGCCGGUCACCGUUGAUGAGAGAGGGCUGAUGAGAGAGUACACAAGGUCUCACAGAACAGCUGCUCCCCGGAAACAGAAUCCUUCAGACAGGAGUUGCUCUAUAGGAGCAAAGGUCCAACUACCUGCAGAUGAGAGACUCCUGUGUGUUUUGGAGGAGCUCCAUACUCUCAGUGCUGCAGUGGCAAACAGCUCUGAGGACUCUGCGGAGGAGGAGGGACAGAGUGACAGCGUGGGACCAUCCGCAGGAAGUCUGCACAGCUGAUACCUGAGGAUGAGUCACUGAAGCCACUGAACACACCUUGAAUUUGUACAAAAGGUGGGCGGUGUAUUGCUUCAGGAGCAAAAGAAAUACAGCUACAAGAAACUAUUUGAUGAAGCUAAACAUUGGAAAUCCAUGCAUGUCGCAUUGCCACUAAAUGUAGAACAAGAAUAAGAGCUAUCUGGUGCAGGCACAGUAUGCAUACAGUUACCACCAAUAUAAAUUUUGCAUCUUUCUCCAGAAUUACAUGUAUUUGCUGUUAAUACUGGAAAUACAUUACUCCGUUGCCAAUUUAAGAGGCGCAAAUAUACAUGAAAUCUACACAAACACAGGGUCAAAUGAAAGGUUUUAUUACUGCACCAGUAAGACUUUGUUCUGCACUUGUCUUAAAUUCUAUUUCUCAUCAAAUUGGUAAAAGAAUAUUUUGAAUUGUGUCCAUUCAACUGAUGAAUCCUAAAGCUGAAGCUCACAUUGUUGUGUGCACUGCAUUGCUUUUAUAAUUUAAUACGUUUUUUUGGAGCAGUGUAGCAUAUAAUGAAACUGAUGCAGCACAGAAGCUUUGCACAAAACAGAAGACAGCCAUCCUUUAAAGCCUCUCGGAUCAGUGGUUUAACCCCUAAAACUAAUCUCUUUCUAUCAAAAUUAAAUAUUUAGAAGUUUGUUCUAUAAAAAUAAUCCCUGCAUGCUUUAAAAUGGCUUCGAUGUAACUGCACACCACUGCUUUCUUCAGAAUGUGCACAUCCAAGAAGUCCUCACUUCUGUUGCCACCCGCCCUUCCACCUUUACUGCAGCUCAAGCACACCAGCUCACCUACAGCUCUGCUCAAACCCUGAAACCACUCUGUGCUACACGAUGACAAGUUGGAGUAAUUCAGCCAUACAUGUUUGAACCAGAAAUCAAUUCUGAAGAAGAAUAAUGAUACAACAUGUUCCACCUUGAAAGUCUGAGUCUGUUUUUUUGACACUGUCAUUGGCACACUGUGGUUUUAUGGUAGAAAUGCUAAGUCCUGCCAUCUACUGCACAUUUUGCUUAUGACGUAUCUUACAGCAUUUGAAAAAACAAUAUAUUGGCAAGUUAACAAGGUAAAAUAACUCAAUUUUGCCUGGAGGGGAUUUUUUUUAACCAUAAAACUAUAAUCAUGAAAAUGAAAAGAGGGGUUAGCCAUCAACUCAUUAACAUUCAAGUUUAAACUGAAAUUAACAUGCAGCAAACACUGUUUCCCCCUCACCAUUAAUUGUUCCCAGCAUGUGUUCACAUGACGACAUCUUAAUCAUUUUAUCAGUUCAUUUUUUUCACAGUGGGGCAUCUGGAAAUCUUCUAAUUUUGCAAUGUAAGUGUUGCAGCUGUGAUAAGGCCACUUUUAAAGUGCUAAAUUUGUUAUUUUGUGUGUGCAACAUUUUUUAAAAAAAACAAUAUUUUUUCUGUUACUGCAAAUACGAUAGUAGAACGUACAUUAUGAAAGAUACACAGCAAAUAUGUUACUACUUUUGUCAGUGCCAGUAAGCUUUUUAUCAGAUAGCAAAGAGAAGCCUGCCUGAUAAACACAGAUUAGAUGUAGUUCUUGUUCUGCUCAUCUGUAGAGUUCAAGUUUAUGUGACGGUCAAAGUUUUUCUAUGCUAUGCAGAGAUUAGUGACUUGUUUUUUUAUUGCAUCCUACAAUAAAGCAUAUAUAUAUUUUUAA